AUGUCUUCCUCCUGUCUGAACGACCUGCUGGUGGCUGACAGCGACGCCGACAAAGCUUCAGCCCAGAGACUGGUGGAUGCUCACGACGCCGACACCGCUCAUGAUGAUGAGGACGAUGGCGAGCCGCCGCCGUCCAAGAGACAGUGUCGGCUGUCGCCGGGCUGCAGCGACGACGACGACGGCGGCAGCAGCGGCGUCGCGGCAGUGGAGGAGUACUUCUCGGCGCGGGACCGCCUCGCAGGGCGGGAGGGGGACCUGGCCUUUGACGGCCGCUGCCGCGGGCGCGCGUCGUCGCUCGAGCGGCGCGUCGACGCCAUCGUCCAGAGGCUGAGGCUGCGCGACUCGGAGACCAUCUACGGGGCGGCCCCGCGCGUCGGAGACCGGCUCGGACAGCUGCACCGCCGCUUCGCGGGGGACCACUACCUCUCCAACGUGGACCUGAUCGACCGCACGGCCGUGCUGGACGUGGCCCGCCGCAUGCCCAAGGGCGCGCACCUGCACAUCCACUUCAACGCCUGCCUGGACCCUCGCGUCCUGCUCGACAUCGCCAAGGGCAUGGAGCGCAUGUUCAUCACGAGCGACCUGCCCCUGGUCCCCGCCGACGGGGGCGACGGCGACGGCCGCUCCAGCUUUGACCUCUGCGAGAUCAGAUUCUCCAUCUGCUGCCAGGCGAUGGAGGAGCCCGGCGACAUCUUCGCCGCCGACUACCGGCCACGGCAGACGAUGAAGUUUUCCGAGUUCCGGGACAGGUUCCACCGCCACUACGACGGUAGCAAGACGGUCGACGACUGGCUGGCGGAUAAGCUGGUGUUUCAUGACGACGAGGCACAUAACCUUUACCAGACGGCAGCAGGAGCAUGGGAGAGGUUCAAUAUCCGCACCCGCAUGAUGAAGGGACUGUUCAACUACGAGACGGCCUACCGUCGAUAUACGCGGCUCUGCCUGGAGGACCUCGCCCGCGACAACAUCCAGUACGCCGAGAUCCGGCCCAACUUCAUGGCGAGCAACCAGCUCUACGUCGACGACGGCACCAGCCUCAUCGACAACUGGGGCAUAAUGGACCUGAUCAUCCAGGAGACGCAGCGGUUCCUGGCCGAGCAGGCGGCGGAGAGGGGGGGACCGUCGUCGUCGGAGCCGGACGGCGGUCGGGCCGGCUCCUUCGCUGGCCUCAAGGUCAUCUACUGCACGCCCCGGUCCCUCAGCAGGGAGCAGGUCGGGGCCGCGCUGGACGAGUGCCUCCGGUUCAAGCUGAGGUGGCCCCGGUGGGUGGCGGGCUUCGACCUCGUCGGCGAGGAGGCGGCCGGCCACCCGCUCAGGGAGUUCGUCCCGGAGCUCCUCCGGUUCCGGCGGGACUGCCGGGAGGCCGGCGUGACCGUGCCGUUCCUCUUCCACUGCGGCGAGACGGUCGACCUGGGCACCGACACGGACGGGAACCUGCUGGACGCGCUGCUCCUCGGCGCCCCCAGGAUAGGCCACGGCUUCGCCCUGCCGAGGCACCCCUACGUCAUGCAGCUCAUGAAGGCGCGCGGCGUCUGCGUCGAGCUGUGCCCCAUCUCCAACGAGGUGCUGGGCCUCACGCCGCGCGUCAGCGGCCACGCCAUGUACGAACUUUUGGCGAAUAAUGUCCACUGCACCGUCAGUUCGGAUAACGGGACCAUGUUUCGGUGGGUUGCCUUUCUUCUCAUUCCUCUUCUCUGUUUGGCUUCUCUCUUCUUCUUCUUUCAUCUCAUCUGCCUCUCAGUCUUCUCUUCCACUUCUUCCGUGCUGACCGGUAGUGGUGAAAGAUCAUCUCUGUCCCACGACUUUUACCAGGUCAUGAUCGGAAAGGCAGAUAUGGGCCUACCCGGAUGGAAGCAGCUCAUCCUGUGGAGCAUGGAGCACGCAUGUCUAGAUGAACAGGAGAGGACCGAUAUGCUGAAGCGGUGGGAAGAGCGGUGGGAGGUGUUUCUGCGAGACGUCGUCGAGACGUACGGACAUUUGGUGUGA